UUGCGUUUUGAUUUUGAUCCCGCUAGUGCCCCGUAGUUCGCAAGAUGGCGGCGGCCGGGGACGUGCCCGUGCGGGUCUGUAACCAGGAGAUUGUCAAAUUCGACUUGGAGAUUAAAGCGGCGGUGCAGGAUAUCAGUGAUUGUCAAGGGCCUUUAAGUGUGCUUACAGAAUUAAAUGCCAGAGUAAAGGAAAAGUUUCAACAUUUACGUCUCAGAAUACAGGAGCUUGAGCAGAUGGCUAAGGAACGAGAUAAAGAAUCAGAGAAACAAGCCUUACUCCAAGAAGUAGAGAACCAUAAAAAACAAAUGCUCAGCAAUCAGACAGCUUGGAGAAAGGCAAAUCUAGCUUGUAAAAUUGCUAUAGACAACUCCGAGAAAGAUGAACUGCUACCAGGAGGAGACCUGUUAAGACAAAGAAAAACCACAAAGGAAAGCCUGGCAGAGAAUGCAAGUACAAUUACAGAGAACCUGAUGGGCAUUAGCAGGAUGAUGUCUCAGCAGGUCAAGCAGAGUGAGGAGACCAUGCAAACACUAGCCAAUUCUUCACGAACCAUCCUGGAUGCGAAUGAUGAAUUUAAGUCCAUGUCGGGGACAAUACAGUUGGGGCGAAAGCUCAUUACAAAGUACAACCGCAGAGAACUGACCGAUAAGCUGCUCAUUUUUCUUGCCCUGGCCUUAUUUUUGGCCACUGUGCUCUACAUCCUGAAAAAGAGACUCUUUCCAUUUUUGUAAAAUUCCGAAGCACAUGGAUUACCAAAUAUUAUGAAAGACCAGAAAGGGAGAUGGGGUAAUAAUAAUGAGGUUCAGUGUAACUGGGAUCCAGCACUGUUCUAGCUGAAAGAGGGUUAGAGCAGACAGAUCUUUAUAUUGUAUAAAUGGAGUAUGAUACUGGCAAAGAUGUUAAGCGAGCUUGCUCGCACAUGUAGGGGCAGGAGCAGAAAGAAUGAGGUGGACAGAAGUAACACCCUUUUCUCUGCUCGGUUGGGGAAACAGAGAAGCACUUGGUGAUCCAGACAGCUGCUAGUCUUAAUUUUCAAUCCUUCUCCCAUCUCCGCAUGAAAUGACCUGUCACUUAACAAUCUGAUCAGGAGGUGCCUUAUCAGCUGUAUGUAAGAUGUUGAGAAUUAAGCUGAGGAACAUGAGGAGAGAAAAGAGGAUGGACGCAAAUAAACAAAAAAAACCCAAACUUAGAUACAUUCCUUUAAUAAACUAUGUAUAGUGUC